UACGAGGUGCAAACUUCUGACCCGGAAGUACGAUAUUUACAAGAGGUGUCCUCACGGAACGUGGCAGAGUUAUUUACUUGUGAGCCUGUCAACUCGUGCAACGCACACACACACACACACACACACACGGAGUCCCUGCGCGUCGGUCUGCGCGGCGCUGCGUCUGGAUUGGCGAGAGCGUUUGUUAUUACUGGUGACGUGUUUCUCCGCCGCUCUCGCCCCUCCUCCUUCACCUCUUCCUCCUCCUCCAUCACCGCCCCCCCACACACACUCCCCCCCCUCCCCCCUCCUUCCCCGGGUCCGUUCCCGAGCCACGCUCUCGUCUUCUUCGAAGUCGCAGUGUUUCAGUCGGUUGUCAUGGCGGAGGGACGUGGCGAUCUACCGCCGCUUCAGCCGCCGCUCCAGCUCGCUUCGCCGCCGGCCAGCAAGCGGCCGUGUCUGCGUCCCGCUCCGCGAGGUCCAGGUCCGGGGCCCGGGCCAGGGCUUUCCAGCGCGCGCCCUCGCUGCCCGGAGUCGUUGCUGGACUGCGCCGCCAAGGCCGUAGCGGAGAAGUGGGCCUUCGAGCGGGUGGAGGAGCGCUUCGAGAGGAUCCCCGAACCCGUCCAGCGUCGCAUCGUAUUCUGGUCCUUCCCCAGGAACGAGCGGGAGAUAUGCAUGUACUCGUCGUUUCAGUGCCGCGCCGCGGCCGAGGAGUCUCCGUCCAACGCGGGGAGCUCCUCCGCGUCCGCCGGAUCCGCUGUAGGUCCCGGAGCCGCGUCCACCCCGGCGGGCAGCUCGAGCUCCGCGGGUGCUGGCGCGAGCGCAGGAGCCGACGGACUCCCUUUCCGGCGCGGGAUCCGCCUUUUGGAAAUGGGCUGCGUGGAAAACGUCCUGCAAGUCGGUUUCCACCUUAGCGGAACAGUAACGGAACCGGCCACACACUCUGAGCCCGAGGUGACGCACCGCGUGGCCAUCAGCUUCGACCGCUGCAAGAUCACGUCGGUGACGUGUGGCUGCGGCAACCGCGACAUCUUCUACUGCGCCCACGUGGUGGCCCUCUCGCUUUACCGCAUCCGGCGGGCCGAGCAGGUGAAACUGCGGCUGCCUAUCUCCGAGACGCUCUUCCAGAUGAACCGGGACCAGCUGCAGAAACUGGUGCAGUAUCUGAUCACGGCGCACCACACCGAAGUGCUCCCGACGGCGCAGAAACUCGCCGACGAGAUCCUGUCCUCCAACUCGGAGAUCAACCAAGUGCACGGGGCCCCGGACCCCACGGCAGGAGCCAGUAUUGAUGAUGAUAACUGCUGGCACCUGGAUGAGGAGCAGGUACGCGAGCAAGUCAAACAGUUCCUCUCGCAGGGAGGCUACUACGGCUCGGGAAAGCAGCUUAACUCCAUGUUCGCCAAGGUGCGGGAGAUGCUGCGCAUGCGGGACUCGAACGGAGCGCGCAUGCUCACCCUCAUCACGGAGCAGUUUAUGGCUGACCCACGUCUGUCGCUAUGGCGACAGCAGGGCACGGGAAUGACGGACAAGUGUCGGCAGCUGUGGGACGAACUGGGUGCAUUGUGGGUGUGCAUUGUGCUGAACCCUCACUGUAAGAGUGAGGAGAAGAGCGCGUGGCUCAAACAACUGAAGAAGUGGAGUGACAUGGAUAUCUGCCCGCUGGAGGACGGCAACUACGGCAGCGAGCUUCCCAACAUCACCAACGCCCUGCCCCAGAGCAACCUGGCACAUGACUCGUUGGCCCGGCCGAGGCGGACGGUGUUCACUCGUGCCAUGGAGGCGUGUGACCUGCACUGGCAGGACAGCCACCUGCAGCGAAUCAUCAGCAGCGAUUUCUACGUCUCGCCCGCUUACCAGAGAGAGGGAGAGAACCUGCUCUUUAACCCUCAAGGCCUGCCGCUGUGGCUGGAUCACGUGCCUACCGCGUGUGCCCGGGUGGACGCCCUGCGUUCCCACGGUUACCCGAGAGAAGCCCUACGAUUGGCCGUGGCCAUCAUCAACACUCUCCGGCUUCAGCAGCAGAGGCAGCUGGACAUUUACAAACACCAGAAGAAAGAGCUUCUGCAGAGAGGAAUGACCAGCACUACCAAUCUGGAGGGCUGGGUGGGCCACCCGCUCGAUCCCAUCGGCUGCCUUUUCGCCACCCUAACAGAGACGUGUCGAGUGGAGGACGACAGCGCCAUGGAUACCGGAGAUUCGGGUGAUCCCAAGCCCCCGGUGUAUCAGCAUGUGCCUGUGUGGGGCUGCCCGGAUGCCGGCGAGUCGUACCUGGCCUUGGCGCUGGAGGUAGCACUGAUGGGUAUGGGGCAGCAGAGAUUGAUGCCCGAGGGCUUGUACGCCCAGGACAAGGUGUGUCGCAACGAGGAGCAGAUUGUCGCCAAACUUCAGGAGCUGGAGCUGGACGAGCUGCUUGUGCACACACUCCGCAAGCAGGCCAUGCUCCUGCUGGAAGGCGGUCCCUUCAGCGGCCUGGGCGAGGUCAUCCACCGAGAGAGCGUACCCAUGCACACGUUUGCGAAGUACCUGUUCACAGCACUCCUUCCCCAUGACACAGACCUGGCCUACAAGAUCGGUCUGAGGGCCAUGAGGUUGCCUGUGCUGGAGUCCACAGCGCCAUCAGGUGACGUGGGUCACCCGCACCAUGGCAUCUCCAUAGUGCCGAGCAGAUACCCGCGCUGGUUCACCCUCGGGCACCUGGAGUCCCAACAGUGUGAGCUAGCAUCAACCAUGCUCACUGCAGCCAAGGGGGACAUGCUGAGACUGCGCACGGUCCUCGAGGCCAUCCAGAAAAACAUCCACUCCUCCUCACUCAUCUUCAAACUGGCUCAAGACGCGUUCAAGAUCGCCACCCCUGCAGACAGCCCGCCUGACAUUACCCUGCUCAACGUGGCCCUGGAGCUCGGCCUUCAGGUGAUGAGGAUGACGCUGUCCACUCUGAACUGGAGACGCAGAGAGAUGGUGCGCUGGCUCGUCACCUGCGCUACUGAAGUCGGGCUGCGGGCGCUGGUCAGCAUCCUGCAGAGUUGGUACACGCUGUUCACACCCACUGAGGCUACGAGUAUUGUUGCUGCAGCGGUCAUGUCUCACGGCACGGCGCUGCGUCUCAGCCUGGACUACGGGCAACGAGAGGAACUGGCGAGCUGCGCCCGAACACUCGCGCUGCAGUGCGCCAUGAAGGACCCGGCCAAUUGCGCGUUGUCCGCGCUCACCCUCUGCGAGAAGGAGCAUGUGGCCUUCGAGACGGCCUACCAGAUCGCGGUGGACGCGGCGGCGACGGCUAUGACGCACGCGCAAUUGUUCACCAUCGCGCGAUACAUGGAGCACCGUGGCUACCCGCUGCGUGCGUUCAAGCUGGCGUCUUUGGCCAUGGCACAUGUCAGCCUGGCGUACAACCAGGACACGCAUCCGGCCAUCAAUGACGUCCUGUGGGCGUGCGCUCUCAGCCACUCGCUGGGCAAGAACGAGCUGGGCGCCAUGGUUCCGUUGGUGGUGAAGGGUGUGCGCUGCGCCACCGUGCUCUCGGACAUCUUGCGCCGCUGCACGGUGACGGCGCCCGGACUCGCCGGUAUCCCCGGCCGCCGCAGCUCAGGCAAGCUGAUGAGCACGGACAAGGCGCCGCUGCGCCAACUGCUGGACGCCGCCAUCGGUGCCUACAUCAGCACCACACACUCGCGCCUCACGCACAUCAGCCCACGCCACUACGGCGAGUUCAUUGAAUUCCUAGGCAAAGCGCGUGACACCUUCCUGAUGGCGCACGACGGCCACGUCCAGUUCGCCCAGUUUAUUGACAACCUCAAGCAGAUCUACAAGGGCAAGAAGAAGCUCAUGAUGCUCGUGCGCGAGCGAUUCGGCUGAGGAGACUAUAAAGGACUCCCCGCUCACUCCUCCUUUAUUUAAGGCAUUAUUUUCUUCCUGUAUAUUCCGAGUAUCCUUUAUUUUUAUUUUAUUUUGUAAAAGUUUGAUACAGUUUGCUUCUAGUGAACAACCAACGUUCACGGAUUUUUAGAACCUGUGGAGGCCAGAACAACUUUUUUGAUUUCGGCUUAUGCUCGCUUUAGUUUAAUACAGAUGCAGAAGUGGCACAUAAAGAGAAACCAAAUGACAGGCGGGGUAUUUUGAGCCUUUUCCAUCGUGGUGAUUGGUGGUUCUUAUUUUUUAUUUUAUUUUUUAUUUUUCCCCGGCAAAGAGCUCAGACGCUCAAAACGGCCAUUCCGAAAGAAAAAAAAAUCCAUGAAAAAAAUCCCCCACUCGCACACAGUGUUACAGUCAUACCUCGAUUUUAACCUCGUAUUUUAAGGAACAGCUUUAACAGGAUGAGGCCGAGGCCUUGUUCCCGGAGGUAGAGCGAAAAAGCUCGCCGAGAUAUCGAGAUGUUCCUCGUCUUAACGCGGUUUUACGUAACCCGGGAAUCGGCCAAGACGUGAACGCCACCCUCCCCUCUGCCCGCUCCUCUUGGUUUGUCUUUGCCCUUUUUUUCUCGUGUUGUGACGAAAGAGAUUUAAGGGAACGUUACUGAGAGCAACUCCUCCACACCUGAGAAGAGCGAGGGGUUUCCUUCUCCGCCUGGAUCUGAACAAAAUCCUCAUCUUUCUGAUGAAAAGACGGCUUUAUUUUAUUCUAUUUUAUUUUGGGGGGGGGGGGGGGGGUGCAGAUUCCUGCACCAUCAAAGCUUAGCGUUAUCGUGCAUGCGAUGCUUCGUCCGAUUUACCGCCUACUUAGGCGACCUCUUCAAAGUGGUAACGUUUGGCAGCGAUUACGUAUCGGCACGUGACCCUAUCGGCCAUGUCGUUCUUAGAGGAAGAGAAUAAGAUCAGAAACGAAGAUAGUAGUAACUGUAGUUGUGUUGUUUUACAAGCACUUGAUUCACUCCCGCCCCUUUCACCUUGUCUGCAUUAACAGUUAUAUUUGCCAAGCAUUAAUCAAAAAUCCGGAUACACGAAACGAAACAUCUUCCACACGCCACCCUCAGCCAUCCCCCUACAAGUGCCCGCUCGGCUCCCGACACUUCCAAUGCACUCGGCGGCGACGAACGGAAGGAAACCUGGCGAGAAAGGACGAGAUGCUCAACUCAGUUCUCAGGGAAUCACUUAAAGAAACGAAACGAAAAAAAAAAAAAAAAUAGUAGCAUAAGCAUUUAAGAUAUUGUAAAUAUGAAAGUGUCAAUUCAAAAAAUUGUAAAGUUAUAAUUAUUUAUGAUAACUGUAUGGUUUCUUUUUUUUUUUUGGUUGUUGUUGUUUUCUUUUCGGAUACUUGAAUUUGUCGCGGGCUGGGAAUGUGACAGCAUAAAGACUUUAACAAAAAAAACAACAAAACAAAACAAAAAAAAAAACAUUUCUCAGGUGCUCCUGUGAACAGUUCCUUUUUUUUUCCCUCCUUAUUUCUCGUUAUUUUUUUUUGGGUCUUUUGUACACUUUUUUUUUUUUUGCAAGAGAACCAUGGCGUGUAAAAUAAAAACUGAAGGGAAAUAAAGAACGAAAAGGAAGAACAGCCGUUGAACUGACUAUGCAGAACCACUUCCUGGUUGUUGUUGUUUUUUUUAUUGUUUUUUUUUUUCUUCUUCUUCUUUUGCCCUCUUCGGGAAAGGACAGUUUUGGGACUUUUGCCUUUCGAUUGACUUUGCAUAUGUCCAUUUUAUUUAAUUUUUUUUAAAAAACUUUGAAGCCUUAUCAUCUUCUCAAAGUGAUCUAGGAAAUUUGAUUGCAGAACGAUGCCACGAGCUGUAUAAACUAGGCAUGUGCUGAUCUUAAAUGGUCACGAUCCCAAUGUUUGCUUAAGCAUGUUGUAUUCAAAUACUACAGUGCUAAAGAGUUAUUCCUCCGUCGGAGCGGCAGUUCUGACAUUUCUCACGGAAGAGAAUUAUUGGACGCUCCGUUAAACGCAGAAAUGAUCUAUUUUAUAACAGAUUAUCGGCACAUGCCUGGUCCAAACCCACUGACUGUAUUGUUGUCGAGGGAAUUGGAGAAAAGCUGUUUUGAUGUGAUGUUGCCUCGAGACUUUUGUAAGCCGCCGCUCCGGCUACAUAUGAGGAGACUUCAUUUUCGGUCACUUUUGAUUUAAACACCCCCCCCCCCCCCCCCCCCCCCCUCACCUAAGGAUUAGCCACAUAAGUCACCUUCCACAGCCGUUCUCCUUCAAGUGGUCUGGUGUGACCUCGACCAGGUCAAGCCUUGAUCGGUGGAAGAGCAAGCAGCUGCUUCCUUCUUUGCGAAUGCAGGACGAUCGUAGCCACCUGCUUAUACAAACUCCACGCGUCCAAGCAUCUUUCGUAGCUCGCCUAGCUGAUCCAGCGGCAGUGCAAAAAACACACACACACAAAACAGAAUUCUUGUGGCUCUGAGUUUUGUUUUAUUUUAUUUUAUUUUGCUUGAUUUCCUCUCUUUCUCUUUCCCAUAACUCUUUAAGUGUCUAUAUGUGUUGACUGUACCAGUGUACUGAUCUGUCCCUAGAGUUUAGAAGGAAAAAAAAAAAAAUAAUAAUAAUAAUAAUAAUCGCUGGUAGAGAUUGUUCACUAGUUCAUCUACUGUUUGAGUUCUGUUUUGUUUGGGUUUUGUUUUUUUUGUUUUUUUUAUUUCUCUUCUUUCAUUUUUAAUUUAAGGGAAAAGUGUUUGUCACCUCUCCGUGCUACUGAAUUAUGAAAAAGGUAUCCAGUAUUUGUUGCCACAAAAGUAUAGUUCGACGACGUUUUUUUUGUUUGUUUGUUUGUUUGUUUGUUUCGUUUGUGCAACCUCUUGAGCUAAUGUCUAUAAACAAAAAUUUAUUACUAUUUAUGUAAUGCUACUACCAUUUUAUAUGAUUUGUGUUGAAUUUCAGUGCUUUUUCUAUGAAUAAAGUGUGAAACACA